GGGAUGGCAGAUCAGUGUAUUGGUGAGGUGCUGCUCGAAUAGUAUUCUGUACAGAGAUCUGUUCUAGUCAUGGAUGUCAUACGUCGUCGUCACGGCCUUAUCCGUACUGCGGCAUCUGGAUUCCGGGAUUAUUUCUGAUAUGUAUCUAUUCGCUCUGUCCAUAAACAUGAAGCUUAGGGAUGUCUGGUCCUGAGAAAUAGCUGUAGCUAUCAAGAUGAGUAGUAUAACUCAGCUCUUUGGUGACUUGUGCGAAUCGCACUUGAGAGGAUUCCCAUGGAAAGCUGGUCUAGGUAUUACAAGCCACAGCAAGAAAAGAACCAAAAAACGACUCAAGAGGUUGGCCUAUGAUGCUCUCUUCAUCCACUUGUACCAAGAAGACACUCGUAAGCUGCAGUCAAAAGCUACCAAAUUGCCAGUAAAAAAUAAAAUGUUAAUGCUGUCCUUUAAUCUACGUAUUGGUGGCAUGAAUCCUGAAGCAGACCGUCUGGAGGAGUUGCUAGAAGAAGUGGAAAAGUUAAGUGGUGAACGUCUGACAACUAUGUGUGCUGUACUAGAGCUCUUAAUAGAUCUGGCAGGCACAGGUCCUCCACAAAUCCUUCCUCCAAAACGGGACCUCUUUCAAAACAACAAAUAUGUGGACAGAAAGUUAAAGUAUCAAGGCUAUGACUAUUAUGAUGUUAGUGUAUUUGAAGCUGACAUCAGCACAUUCUUGGCCUACCAGGAGUGUAACAUAAGCAACACUAUCAACAGUACUCUUCAGAUCAUGGAGGCUGCGCCAGGAACUGGUCUUUCAACCAUAAGCCUUUUUUCCCAGAACUUUUCCACUAGUGACAAAUUUGAGAGGGAAACUCGUGUAUCCCUUUUUGGCGCCCUUGUUCACACCCGGACAAAUGAUAUGGAUAUUAAAUUGGACUUGCCACCAGUACCGGACAGUGCUGACCUGUCUGGAUUGGCCAUAAAGGUUCCCCAAAGUAUGGAUCAGUCUGAAGAUGAAGGUUUCCAAUCUGCAUCAAAUAUGACUCCUGAUUCCCAGUCAGAGCCUAGUGUGACUUCUGAUGUUGAUCUGUGGGAGGCCAUCCUCACAUAUGGUCCAAGUAAACGUCGCUGUUGGGAAAGAAUAGGAUUUCCUCCAGGUAAAAGAGAAGAUCCCUACCUUACCGAGGCAGGUCGAGAAGCUUUUGACAGGAUGUAUAAAAUUUAUGAGGGGAAUCUACAAAUCCUCAGUAAUACAGUGAUGCAGUCUCCAGCACAUGUGAUGGUUAAGGAAUCAGAGCUGCUGAAGGAUGUGCUAAAUGUUCUCAUAGGAGUUGUAUCUGCAACUUUCUCUUUCAACCAGUCUAGUCAGGCAUUCAUGGUUAAGCAGGGCAUCUAUGUCUCUGGCACAUCUCCUGAAAAUAUAGGCAACCUGUUGGCACAAGUGGGAGACUACGGCACGUACUACACCAGACUAAGCAAUUUCUGUCUGCAGACUGGUCUUGAUUCCUCACAAAAUAAAGGACUUGUAUUUCAGGCAUUUAAAAGUGGCCUUAGAAAAUACCUGCAGUAUUACCGGGCGUGUGUUUUAUCAACUCCGUGUACACUAUCUCUUCUUACCAUCAGCUUCCUCUUCAGGAAGUUAGGGCGUCAGUUAAGGUAUUUAGCAGAGCUUUGCUGCCUAGGGACAGUGGGCCCAGGAUCCACUAGGGGGAGCAACUCUUCCUUUCCUACAGGUGUUAAGUUACUAUCCUACCUUUACAAAGAAGCCCUUGAAAACAGCAGCAAUGAAAAUUACCCUGUCUUGUUAUCACUCUUAAAAUCCAGUUGUGAACCAUACACAAGAUUUAUCUAUGAAUGGGUCUACAGUGGUGUCUUAAGAGAUGCUUGUAAGGAAUUUAUGAUCCAGGUGAAUGAAGAAUUCUUUGGGUUUAGAGACAAACGCUACUGGACUCAUGGAUAUGUUUUGAUCUCAAAAGAAGUAGAGGAUUGUGUGCCGGUCUUUUUGAAGCAUUUAGCCAAUGAAAUAUACAUGUGUGGGAAAACUAUCAAUUUACUGAAAUUGUGCUGCCCAAAGCAUUACAUUUGCUGGUCGGAUAUCCCUGUACCUCGAAUAUCAGUUACAUUCUCUUUAGAUGAAUUAAAGGAAAUAAGAAAAGACUGUGCUGUCUUUAUAGCCAGAAUGGAUAGAAUUGCACGGCAAAGUAGCAUCAGCAAAGAGGAGAAGGAGUUACAAGCGGAAAUUGCAAAACAGGACUUAAUCAUUCAGGCUCGUGAAACUUCAGAAAAACUCCUAGAAAGAUUCAAAGAUCAACAGCUGGCAGGGAGAAUGUCUUCAGAUGCGAAGAAGAGGGAACUGUUUCUUAAGCUGAAAGAACAAUAUGAGAAAGACCAAGAGAGACGACUUGCAGAUAAACAGGAGGAGGCUGAUGAUUACUUUAGCUAUGCUCGGGAGCUACAGGAUCGUGAGAAAAGGUUAAAAGCAUUAGAAGAGGAACUAGAAUUAAAAGCAAGACAAGAACUCAUUCAGCAUUACAGUCGCUUAUCUGAGGAGGCCACUCGGAAAGAACAGAGAGCUCUGUGGAAGCUUCAGCGUCAUAAAUUAGAAACUGCUCGCUUGCAAUUUUUCAUGAAUGAUGAAAAACACUUAAAGGAAUUGCUUGAACAGAAUCCAGUGGGUUCAUCUAGACAACAGCCACAUUUAGAAACCUAUGAUCCUGUUCCAUUAAAGGAUCAAAUGGAUAAGACACUUGCUUUGGAAAAUGUUUCUUCAGACAGUGUUGAUCAAGCAGAACAGAAGGAUGGGUGUUUAAUGCCUUUGCAAAAUACUGUAACUUCAGCUACUGUGAAGAAAACCGUAAAAAGCUUACAUUCACCAGACCAGGCAGAGGAUUGCACAGAUUUAGAUACACCUGCAUUGGACUUUGAAGAUUUUCUUCCAGUACCUGCCACUGAAAAACAAGAUGCACAACUAACUGAUCAGUCUUAUAUUGAUGAUGCUUUACAAGAUAUAGGGUCUGAUCUUUCAAAAACUGUUGAGAGCAAAGACUCUACAGAAACUCCAAGUAUCAUUCCUGUAAGUGAGUAUGACUUUAACACAGUUUUGAAACCAGUGGCAUUUACACAAGUCUCUCAAGGACACAUUCAGAUUGGGGAGUAUGUGUCUAAUGAACAGCCUAGACGGUCACGUUGGAAUAUGCAUGGCCAUGCAUCAGAUGCCAGUAUUAAAAUUGGAGAAUAUUUUCCUGAUACUGUUGUGCCUAAACCACAACCUAGUCAGCAUGGGCAUUCUUCUGAUUCCCACAUAAACCUUGGUGCCUAUAUGUCCGAAGUCAGGCCUACUCGACCUCGAUGGAAUAUUCAUGGCCAUAUCUCUGAAGGUCAUAUAAAGAUAGGUGAGUAUGCUUCUGAUAUAGAAGCUUCUAAGCCAAGGCAGAAUGUGCAUGGGCAUAUAUCUCAGGCAAACAUUAAGCCUGGUGAAAAUGUAUCUGACAUGAAACUUUCUAGACCACGGUGGAGUGUCCAUGGACAUGCAUCUGAUGCCAAUAUUAAGAUUGGAGAGAAUGUGUCUGAUGUUUUAUCUACACGACCUCGGUGGAAUAUCCAUGGACAUGCUUCACAGUCUCAUAUACAGCUUGGAGAACUUGUUUCUGACACUGAGCAGUCAAAACCACGCUGGAAUCCUUUUGGCCAUUCAUCUGAUUCUACUGUUCAGAAUGUGCUAUAUGGGGAAAGAUCGGCUUCUUCUAUGAUUACCGAAACCUCAGAAACAGAAGAUCAUUCCUUAGAACUCACAUGUUCUCCUGACACUGUAGCUGUAUUGUCACCACCAAGUGUGAAAGAAAAUGAGGAAGUCAGUAAAGUAGCAGCAGAAAACAGUCUUGAAGACAGUAAACCGGCUUCUUCAGAAAUCCUAGCUGAUAUACAGAGUGACAAUUUCAAGUGCAUGCAAGAAGAAUCAGAUGACAAGAUGCAGAACACAGGGGACACAUGUGGUGAUCACUCGGAAGACGAAGAAGACAGAAUUAAUGAAGAUUCCUGGCAGAAACAGCAGGUUUAUCUGCAGACACUGGCAGACAACUAUUGUCUUGAAAAAUAUCAAGACAACUAUGACAUGAUGUCAAAGCCUCCAGUUCUCCACAUGCUUAGUCAUGUAAUGCCACGAGAGUUCUCCUUUCCUGUGGACCCUGACAUAGAUUCAGCCACUGAUGAAACUGCGGUCCAACUCAUUGAGCUCCUGUCCCUGCCAGUGCUGAUGAAAUAUUCUGUUACUGCUCCAAUUGUAUCCAGUGUUUCUCUAGUGAACAAAGCUGUAGUGGAUUACUAUUUUGUGGAACUGAAUAUGGAGAAACAUUUUGAAGCAAUAAGACAUUUUUUGCUAAUGGAAGAUGGAGAAUUUGCCCAGUCACUCAGUGAUUUACUCUUUGAAAAGCUUGUAUCGGGUCAGACACUCAGUGAGCUGUUCACUCCCUUGGUUCUGAAUUCUAUAUUGAACAAAGCUCUGCAGUACGGUCUACAUGGGGACUCUCAUCUUGCUUCCAAUCUUUCUUUUGCACUUAAGUACAUCCCAGAAGUCUUCACACCUACAGCCCCUGAUACAUUAAGUUGUUUGGAAUUAAGAUAUAAGGUUGAUUGGCCACUAAACAUAGUCAUAACAGAUACCUGCAUAAACAAGUACAAUAAGGUUUUCUCUUUUCUCCUGCAAUUGAAGCACAUGGUUUGGACAUUAAGAGAUGUUUGGUUUCAUUUAAAACGGACAGCUCUAGUAAAUCAAGCUGCUUCUUCAGUCCAGUAUCGACAACUUCAGCUUUAUCGUCAUGAAAUGCAGCACUUUGUGAAGGUUAUUCAGGGUUACAUUGCCAACCAGAUUCUGCACGUCACCUGGAGUGAAUUCAGAAGUAAACUUCGUACAGUCAGCAACCUGGAGGAGAUUCGCAAGACUCACACAGAAUACCUCAAUAAGGCGCUAUUUAGAGGAUUGCUAACUGAGAAAGCUGCACCAUUAAUGAACAUCAUUCACAGCAUCUUCAGCCUAAUUCUGAAAUUCCGGACACAGUUAAUCUCUCAGUCUUGGACAUGUGACAAAGAUAAGCAGGUGGCUAGUCAUCCCAACUAUGGCUUGAUGCAGCAGUCCUAUGACACCUUCAAGUAUUACUCUGACUUUCUAUUUGAAGUGGUGACCAAGCUUGUUAAUCGAGGAUAUCAGCCACAUCUGGAAGAUUUCUUACUGCGGAUUAACUUCAACAGCUACUACAAAGAUAACUGAACAAUACAUGGGCGGUUUCUGUUAUAUGUGCAAUAUAUGAGUGUAAAAUAAAGAUUGAUUUUCAUAAAAGCUAACAUUUACCUUUGUGA